CCGGGGCGAUUCUUAGAAACCCAUCCCCUUUACGAAUAGAGUCCAGCUAUAUUUAUAAUACUCCUCACUGGCAAUUGUGUUUCCGUGAGAGCUCGGGGCCAUAUUGUUAGUAGUUUCAUUCGUGUACAGCAGUGCUUUUGUCUCCGAUUAUUUGCCGUUGAAACUUUAAUCUGGGCGUACCAUACACUCGUUAUCGUCGCAGACCGUUUAACCAGAAUACGGACAGUUUUGCAUUAACCCAGACUCAGGCAGCGCAACGUGCUUUAACCACAUCCUGAAACGGCUCAUUUCUUAAAUCACAUAGGUUAAUCCUUGGAACCAAACCUCAUCGAUUUCACAUUAAAAUGUUAAGUUCGUUUCAAAUGAGUUAUAUCAGAUUGCACAAAUAAUCAAUACUUCUUAGACCAACGAUUACAUAUGUGUGGCUGCAACGUUUCUACUAAAACAGUCGGUCUUCAUGACCUGCUUUUGUUUCGCUGCCUACAGAAGCAGGAGGUCAAGGACAUCCGGUUAAACGUUUAGUUGAUAUAACAAAGACCACAAGAUGCCUACUCGCAUGGUCGUUUGUAUUUCAAAUGAUAACACAACAUUUUUACAUUUAACCGUCUCAAAUGCCACAUAUUUCGAUACUCCGUCAAACUACGACGGUACAGUGGUUACUUGUACAACAGACAGUCUAAACCGAAACCUUCCCAUAUGAAUAUUAGAUUUUGUACCAAUUUCACGGCUUAAAUCCUUUUUGUUUCUAUAAACAAGACACCCUGCAGUUAAAUUAUGUAACGCUAGGGCUGACGUUACAUUCUGAAGGACUACGAUCUGGCGUCGCAAUGGGGGGAAUCGUUAAGUUUACAGUCAUUGAAAAAUAGUAUGAAGCGUCCAAAAUAUUCGAAUCCUUAAUAAAUCGUAUUUUUGAGUUUUUAAAUACGUAUUAUGUGUGAUUCAUAUCAUUUUAUUAAUUUCCGUGAUAAUAAUGGGUGUUGUAAUUCACGCCCCAUCCCUGCUGAGAAUGGUAUAAUCCGGAUUAUGCGUCACCCAUUGUUUACAAAUCAAGCCCGAGGAGUCGCCUUCCGACGGGCAGCGUGGUGAGAGUAGGGGGGCAGAUUUUUCCACCCCAUUCAUUUUUAAAAAUAAACGGCAGACCUUUGAAAGGACGCGGACAUGCCAUAUCGGAAGGAGAAAUACAUUUUCCUGGAGCAGUCGGUAACGGUGGAUUCGAAGGAGGUAGACGCGCUGGUUACGAAGAUCGGCGAGGCUUUGCAGCUGCAUAACAAUGCUGGUGCGAACCCGAAGGCGGCGUCAUGUUUCCACGGUCUGAACGGCACCGGUACCGGCACCGGAAGCGUUACGCAGUCCAACAGCAACAACAACAACAACAACAACAGCGCGGCGUUGCACAAGCGGACUGGCUGCUGUGUCCGGCUCCGGAACCGGGGACUACGGAGCCGGGCCAGUCCAUACACUUUACCCGGGUCUAGUGAUCAGGAGUGGGACCGCUUUAGGACCUGGAACCGUAAGGGGAUCGAUGUCCCCGGUGAGGAGGAUGAUCCCCACCGACUGCUUCAGGAGCUGAUUUUGUCCGGGAACCUAAUAAAAGAGGCCGUCCGCCGGCUUCAGUUCUCUGCAUCGGAGAGUGUGGAGCAUUCAAAGUCCGCCGACAAUGUCCAUUGCUGAUUGGAGCUGCGGGGCCUUUAAAAAAUGCCACCUUUUGUUUGAAUGGACUGGAUAGCGACAGGAGAAAACGUGCUCGCUGUUCUGGAGGCUUUACAGCCUAUACAGGCAACAAUAGCCGGAUGAUGUCUGGCUGCCAAGAUACACGUGCUAUACUGUUAACAAAGUGUAGAUUAUUUGUACAAGUAUGACAUGAUGUUCGAAACGGGUCUGUUUAAAACAAAUGAACUGUCUUCGCGGAUGAAAUUGUUUCUUGUUGCUGUCUGUCUGGGGAGAUUGACACUGGACGACACUGGUCUUGUUUACACCUCUGCCCAGCGCAAUCAAGGGCGCCCUCGGUCUACACAGCGUGUUUGUUUUGGUUCUUUUAUAUUUGGAACGGAUUGGAUCCAAGGUCUUCGUAUCGCCCAUCAAGAUGGACUUUAAGGAGCCAUGUGUUUGUAAAACCACAUGCAUUGAAACAGUUUAGAAGCCACAUCGUGUACCGAUAGAGAGGACAGGGGAAGUAGUAUUUCCAGGAUUCAACGGAUGUUUCUUCGAAAUGGGUGGCACCCGGUAGGCGGUGCUGUAUGUGGGGGGUGGGGGGUUACUGUAAAACAGGGGUUUUUGGUGCUCAGACCCUUCGAUUCGAAUCCCGUCCUGGGCUUCGGCUGGGUUUGAUUUGCACCAUGUAAAGUACCGACUGGGUUCUGUACGCUUCGCAACGAAGUACAUUUUUAAAAACACGUUUCCUGGUUCUUCAGGACGUCGGUGUCUUAAAUAAACGGUGUUUUGCAAUAUA